UGUCAAAUUCUUGUGGAACGGAACGUCCAAUCGUCGUCGGGUUUGGAUUUUUGCUGUAAAAUAUUCGAUGACUUGUGCAAAUUCAAUGUUGAUUAAUUGUUGAUGACGGAACAAUAGUAAUUACAUAGUGCGAGCUAGUACUGCGCUGAGCGGCGUAAUUCACAGCUGCGCUCAUGUGGCCGUCAGUGAUAAAAGACAUUGGUUAACUGUGCGUUUGGAUUAGUUUGUGAUAAAAAGUUAAAAAUCAUUCCAAGAUGAUUCUGGACGACGAGUAUGAACUGUUGGUGACUACCCCAGAGCGCAUACAGGCCCUGGGGUUUAAGCCGCAGAAGGAGAUCCUUACCAAUCACGUCUUGCCAUAUUCUGCUGAGUUGGAUGCAGAAUCAUGCAGUUUCCUGGAGCAAGUCAAGACGAAUCUGGCAAAAUCAGUGAUGUUACGUGAGAUGAAGCCAGCCUGUGGAGUGUGGUCCUCGAGGCUGAUGAAAUAUAUAAGAAUAUAUGGCUUAAAAUUUGGAAAAGAGGACCACAUAGCAUUAAUAAAACUGGCCUAUGAGCUAGUUCUCAUUCCUGACUUGGAGCCAUGCAAGGUUCACAAAUUCACAACACUGUUCCUUAUGCUUACAAAAAAGAGGCAUUUAAUUUCACCGGAGGACUUGACUCUUCCUUGGCGACCUUUGUAUGAAGUUGGAAAGAAGAUAUUUGAUAAGAGUGCGACACACAUAGGACUCUUCCAUUACCUCUCGCCAAAACGUUCUGGCAAGCAAGGAGGUGAUAUGCUCACUAAGAUUCGCAAAUUCCUGUCGGGGUACGGCCUUGACGACGCCCUAGCCUUGUUCGGCCUAGCAGAACGGGAUGAAAACGAGCUACCCACAUCAUUAGAAGGGUCGUACAUGUCAAUGGUUAAGUGCGCGAGACCAUACUUUGAGGUGACUGCGACCAAAGAAAUCCUGGAAGAAUUUCUACCUCAGAUCAACCCUUGGGCUACUGACACAAAUCUCAUGUGCCAGUUAGUGGUAUUCUUACCAGUGUCACUUCACCCUCGAUAUGCGGCUCAAGGCCACGAACUAUGGUUUAACCAACUGAUGGACCUUUGGGAUACGUGCUACAACUCACAGUAUGGAGUCUCCGAGUUGACGAUGCUCUUCGCAGGGCUGGCCAAACGGAACCCCGGUGCCGUAGAUUGGACCCCCCACGUGCCCAAACUUUUCACAAGAUUCCUUCACACUCUGAAUCUCCCAGUGGGCUAUAAAGAUAUGCAAAUGAGCAGGAAUCACACUCUUGAUAUGAAACACGUUGCUUCGUGGAUCGUAUGGAGCAUAAGCCCCGAUGGAGUGCUUCUAAAACAUCUACGCAGCUUUUUAGCUGGAGUCGAAAGCUACCUGCACAGCGCAAACGCUGGUCGCUGGUCCUUCAAGCUGAGAGACUUUCUCAGGAAACUUGCUAGAGAAUUCUUGAACAGAGUGAGAAGAGAGCGUGAAAAAAGGUUCAAGGAGAGUUGGGAAAACCAAACACCAGAAUCGAACAGACUCAGAGACGAAGACAUCACGGAAUUCGUAAACAUCGUCCUCGAGCCAACAUUGCAAGCGGUAUACAGCCGCAGCGGCGCGCUGGAUAUAUCGAUCGCGUUGCAGAAUUUGGCCACGCUCCGGCCUGCAAUCGUCGUUCCACCCUUACUGGAAAGACUUAGGACAUCGCUGACUUCUCUAACGGAGCCGCACCGAGUGACUGCCGCCAUGUCUGCAGUGGCUGCCGUGGCUAGACCUAUGCUGCGGGGAGCGGACGCCGACUUCCCUGAGGGCCCGACGCACGUCGUGCCCUUCCUCAUGGCCGUCCUCCCGGGCUUAGAUCCAAACGACAUCAAGAAGACAAUGGUGACACUACACUUCAUACUGAUAUUCAGUUGGAUGGUCCCCUUCAUCGACUGCAGCUCGGCUCACGAACACUGGCCCGAUCUGACCGAAGAAGAACGAUUGACGUGCGAGUCGACCGCUCAAUUCGAAGACUUUGUCCUGGUCUUCCUGGAUAGACUGUUCAUUAUUAUUGAGUCCAGCACGAUGGAACACGUGCGCCUCGAUACCAAAGAAUCCGACGCGAUUCGGAGCAAAACCGACGCCGUGGUCGAAACGGCCAUCUCGUCCGCCGCUACGGCUGUGCUGAUGCAGUGUUCGCCGAAAAUAUUCAAAGAGGCUCUGAGGAAGUUCAGGGCCUUUGCGACAGAUUCCACGUUCGAAACGAACGUGUCCGGUAGCAUGGUGGGCUUCCUAUUGCGCGUGUUCGCUCGUAUCGAUGCCGAAACAACUCUCGCCGCAUUCUUGCCUAAACUAUGUGAAGAUCUGAAGGAAAUUUUAUCUUCCGAUGAAACCUUGAAGGAAAUGAAUCCUCCUCGCGACCUCGUAUACAGACUCGUGCUGCUGAUGCACGUCGUGGAAUGCGAGGGGACCGUGUUGAUUAAGUAUAUUCCUGAAAUCUUGCCCAUAUUGGACAGGGCGUUGAAGCUUCAUUCGAGUUAUGCGUUGACGCGUGCAUGCGAAGUUUUGAGUCACAUAUUUACGUCUAUGUCGUACGUUGAUUUGAAGGAGUGGCGCAGUUCUCCCAAUGACUAUGGGAAGGCGCCUGAGACGUGGCUGCCUGUUCGGGAGUGGGGUCGCGGCUGCUUGCUCAAGAACGCAAACUUCAAGUGGCACGUGCCUUGUGAGGCGGAAGCUGAGUGUGCCCAGAUGCUGAUUGACAGGUAUCUGAAGCCCGAGAUAGCGCGGAUCAGGCAAUGGCUCAGCGGAGAGAAAGACAUGUGUCGUGAACGCAAACUGAGGAGUUUUUGCAUCAUGAAUGCGGUGUUAUCCUCUGGCAAUUUCUUGCCACCGCCUGAUGAACAGCCUGUUGACCUUGUGGAGUCAAAGGUUCCUGCUACCAGCAUUCCAUUCGCCAACGGCGUGAAAUAUAAAAUUACGCUUGACGGAGAAAAUAUUAGAGUAGCCAUGACAAAGCUCUUAUUGGAGGUGCAAGCGCGAAUGCUUGCAGACAAAUCGGAUGACACGCGCGGCUUUGAAAUGCUUAUACAAGUGUGGGAACGCGUGGUCGUUAUAAAGGGCCUCCGCCACGGGCCCGGGCUAGAAGCGCGGAUGCGUUCAUACGGCGCUUUAGAGCGAGCGCUCGACGGGCGCGGAGGGGUGGCGGGAGACGUCCAGGGGGCGGCCAGACUACGUAUGCUACUGGCAGACGCAGCCAGGCUGCAAGACGAGUCUAGGGUGGACCUCGUCUGCGAUGCAGGGAUCACACCGUCAGCGCUUCAAGCACUAUAUGCGCUGUAUGAGCUGUCCAUCAACACUUAUAGCUCGGUCCGUAUACUGGCACAAAUCCGUCUCUACUGGAUGCUGAGCCACUACCCAUACUCCUACCGAGCCCUGAUUCCCAAGAUGGCGGAGUUACUCGCUACGGGCGGGGAGGGGGAGGAAUGGCACAACAAGCACAAGGGCGCCCUCUACAUCAUGCUGGGACCACGAGCCGGGCCCCUCAUUGCUAAGCAAGACUGGGAGGUCGUCAAGACACUAUGGCCUGCUAUUUUGAGAGCACCAUUGAGCGAGAAACCCAGUAUUUUGAGGCUGGAGCAAGCGUUCAGCGAUUCAAUCCACCGCCACUUCCCAACCGUGAACACUCGGCUGACAAUCUCGGAGGGAGCGUUGGACGCCGCUGCCUACUUCGUGAAGGAGCUCAUGAAGACUGACGCUGUCUUCGCUGAGCAGCUGAGCACGGCUGUCGAGAGGGAGCUGGCCACUUCGGAUAAGACGGAGGCCACGUAUAAGGCCUUGGUAGAUGAAUUAGUGAACGUCGCCGAGACUCCUAAUAUCCAAUGGCGUCGCUUAGAACUGGCAAUGCAAAUGCUUACCUUCUGCCCCUCCGUACAAACGCCGUACACUCCGCGCGCCGUCAAGCUGAUCGUCAAGUCGCUGCUACACGACGACAUAGCAGUGCGACGCAGCGCGCAGAAACUGACACAUUACGUGCUGAAACAACGGAAGCGCCCGUUAAAGAAGCUGUACGUUGACCCGUACGAGGUGGCUGGCGUUCCGAAGCCGGAUAAACAUGUGCCAGGAUAUAGAAAAGAUAUAGAGUGGGCGAUCUGGUCGGAGGACAGGCAACCGACGACUGACGAGGAAUGGGACAAGCCGUGGUUGAGGUCUACGGGGUACGGCUUCUACGCUUGGCCUAAAACGUUGGAGGUAGUGGCUCCCGCGAAAGACCAAGUGUUCUCCUUCGAUCUCACCCCCGAGGAAAUGGAAGAGGGGGAGCGGUACUUGUACGAGUUUUUCUCGGACGACGCGAAUAUCGACCGCCUCGUGGCGUUUCUUACGAUUGAAGAAAAGAAGGGACGGGAUAAGUUUAGCGGGAUACGGUUCUCUAUGUUCAGAAUGAUGUUCGCGCAAUUCGGCUGGGAAAUCACCAAGAAGUACGUGACGCACGCGCUUCGAUGCGCGGCCGACACGCAGGAGGCGCCGCAGCGCUUCGCGGCCGAGGUGGCGGCGGCCGCGCUGCGGGCCCCGCGCUACUGGGCUCGCGAGAGCGCACAGGCUCUGAACCAGGCCGUCGUUGAGAUUAUUACCACUGGGCUCACAACAGUAAUACCAGAGACAAUGGAAGACUGGGGCACGGCGCUGGCCACGGGCGUAGAGAAGCUGGACCCGAACCGGAGCGCGGUCGUGCUGCGGGCUCUCAUGGGCCUGUGCGCGCCGCCCGCGCACGAGAAUGCGCAGCCCGACAGUGACGCAUCCUUCCUCGUGUGCGCGCGCCUCUAUGCUCUGCAGGGAGCGUUAGGAUCUCUAUGCUGGCGAACCGCGCCGCUGUCAGCUGAACUACUCACAAAAUUAGAAGCGGCUAACUUCACGCACCACCCGUACCAAAACGUGCGGGAGACUGUUGGAAGCACACUAAUGACAAUAUUCGACAACGAGUUAGUGUUUCCUGGAGGGGAGUCCGGCCCUUCGCCGCGGCUGCAAGACUUCUUAGACACGGUGCCGCCACGGCUCACUGCGCUGUACGAUGAAAACGGCGACAUUGUGGUAAAACUAACGGCGUCAAUGGGUGCGGGCGAGAGCGUCCCGCGCGAGGUGCCCGCGGCCGUGCCCGCGCCCGAGCCCGCGCCGCUGCCCGCGCACGCGGCGCCGCUGGCCGUCCACGUGGCGCGCCUGUCGCCCGACCACCCCAUCGCUGACGACGCGCCGCAGCUAUACCUCAAAAGGUCACUGAUCCUCGUGACGCCGCUGGCCAUUGACAUGGCGCGCUACUCGCUCGAUGACGCGCCGCAGGACACGCAACGAUCUUCAAUUGUUUUCACCCCACUAGCUUUAGUAGCUUUAAACUGCGCCGGCGCCGGCGCUGUUGACGUGGCGCGCCUGUCGCCCGAUAACCCCAUCGCUAAUGACGCGCCGCAGUCUAUCAGGCUGUGUUUAAAGUCAACGGCGUCAAUGGGUGCGGGCGAGAGCGUCCCGCGCGAGGUGCCCGCGGCCGUGCCCGCGCCCGAGCCCGCGCCGCUGCCCGCGCACGCGGCGCCGCUGGCCGUCCACGUGGCGCGCCUGUCGCCCGACCACCCCAUCGCCGAUGACGCGCCGCAGGCGGCCGAAGGAGGCGGCGAGGCAUCUGAAGCCGAGAACGCGCCGCGUGGCGAAAGACUCGACAAACAGCUCGGCGCGCGACUCGACAACGCGCUGCGGUUAGCCGGCGACGCCACCGCGCCCGGGCCCGAGGCCCAUGCUGACGCAGUCAACUUGCUCACCACAGUGCUACGCGGCUGCACGGGCGUGACGGUCCGCGGCGUGAACGGCAGCGUGCACCCGCAACAGGCUCUAGUGGGCGUGGCCUGCGCCGCCGCCGCCAAGGGCUCGCCGCAGCCGCACGACGAGCUGCCGCGCGCCGCCACCGGCUUCCUGGCCAGCCUGGCGCUCGCCUACCACGACCCGCGAGCCGUGGACGCCGCGCUGGAGCACCUAGCUCGCCUCGCGCAAGGUCGCUCGUGGUGGGCGCGGCUGGCGAGCGUGGAGUUCGCGCAGCCGCUGCUGUUCUACGCGCUGCCGUUGCUGUGCGCGCGACCCGAGCGCGCCGUGCUGGCUGAGGAGUUCACGCUGCGGCUCAUGAGGGAUCCUCGUCUCGAGGUAUGUGUACUAGCUAGAGCAUUUACUGGGUGCGUACACGCGGCCGGUAGUAGUUCCUAGCGCCGCCACGAGGGCGCCACCAUCGCGCGGCUCAUGCGCAACUGCCGCGCCGCGCCGCUGCUGGAGCGACACUGCGGCGUGCUGGGGCUGUGCGCCUACCUCGCCUCGCGGCCCUACAGCCUGGGGCCCAAGCUGGGCAACGUGCUAGCCGAACUAGCCCGUCACACGAACGCGCCUGACCCGAUCCCGGCGACGAUCCGCGCAGCGCUAGCCGAUUUCCGACGCACGCACCAGGACGACUGGGCCAAGCACCGCGACCAGCUCACCGAGGCCGAACUAGACUUGCUAGCGGACCUCACUUCGCCGCCAUCUUACUGCGCCUAAGCGGCACGCGCCGCGUCAAUGCUAGGGCUACGGCGACCGAAGACUUCUGUGCACAACUAGACAGGCUGUCCUGAAAGAAUACCUUCUAAAAAGCAGUGGGAAAAUAGUUCCCACCAUGUUUUAAACCUUAUUAUGGUCAAGAAUUUGUUUUUGUUUACAUUUCUAGUUGCAUUGACAUUGAUUUGUGCUUUUGAUAUUGUAUCUAUAAAUAUCAAUAGUGAAUCAACUUUUAUUGCCAUACCAGCUUUUUGACAGAUUAAAUUGUCGUUCUGACGUGAUUUUAAUUUCAUAUACCCUAUCUAGUUGUACAAAGAAGUCUUUGUGUAGAUGAUGUUUUUGGAUAGUUCUGUUAAUAUGAGUCUGCAAUGUAAUAGCAGCGUUAUAUACCUUCUCAUCGCAGUACUGUCGAGCUAAAUAAACUUUAGUAGGUAGCUUCUGAAAAUUGUAGCGAUGUUUACGACAGAGUAAUUUUGGUUUGUGCCAUUGUGGCAGUAGUUCAGAACUCUGCUCUGUUAUCAAUACAAUAGUUAUAUUUGCUUAAAAACAAAUAGUGUUUAUGGGUGAAGCUAUAAUCGUCUCAAUUUGCAUUUUUCUCUACAUAAUUAUGCUUAUCUAAUUACUGUGGCGCACAUGUCUGUACGCUUUCGCAGCCGAUAGUGUUAACGUAAUUAAAACUUAUUUCACAUUAUUUUUCUCUGACACGCAUGUUAACUUUAUUCGCGUCGCCGUACACUUGUGUAUUAGAAAAGCGAUGCUAUUGCUUAAUCAUUUAACUGCGGACUCAUUUCGGCCCCGGCGUAUUGACGCGCGCGCGUCGCUUCGUGACAGGUUAUACGUUUCUAUAACUACCGUCCGACGGGGACUCAAAUUUAAAAAGUUUCUUUAUUUUUGUAAUGUUUCUUUGUUAUGUUGUUGACUUAAAUUCUAUUUAAGGUUGGGUUCUGAAGUGUUUUCAUGUGAUUGUUGUAAUCAGAUAUUAUUUUAAUUAAUGUUUUGGUUCAACCAUGGCUCACGUCGGAUAUAAGACGGGUGUUUAAUUAAAUAUGUUUAUGUAUAAAAUAACCAUAAAUAAAAUGAAUAAUACUAGAAGUGACGUCUAUUCAAUUAUACACUAAAUAAAAUGUUGAAAAUUGUAUUUUUUUCUUGGUAUGUGACAUUAAUGAAAGUAUACAAUUCCAAGUAACAAAUAUCUGGUAAACUCAUUAUAUGAUAAUCUAAGGUAUUCUGUAUACUAUUAUUAUCACUGUAUUAUCAGCAAUGGUCAGUAGAAUGUGUAUGAAAACAAUAUGCAGUAAAUGUACCUAAAUUAUCAUAAAAAUACUAGGUAUGUAGUUUGAGGUUUAAUUGAAAUGUAAUAAGUUUGAUUUGAAUAAUUAUGUUGACGUUCAAUAAUGAUUUAAACGCACAGUAAAUUAAUCUGACUAGCGCAGCAAUUCAUAAUGAAUAAGUGCUCACGAAUCACCAAUAGGACUGAUUUGGCAGACUGACCAAUAUCAAAAUUGCUUAUUUGCUACUAUUCAGUUUCUUCUUUUUUCUUCAUCUCAAUCUAACAUGACAAUAUUUCUAUUUUUACAAUCAGUAGUGCUCAAUUAUAAUUUAGUUUUCAUGCAAGACAAGGUAUAAUAUUUUCUUUUUUACUGUUCUACUCCCUGUGUCACCUGCUUACUUGGGAAACCUCUAUCGCCACUAAGACAAUUUGAAGAAUCAAUCAUUAUUUUUAUCUCGUCAGAGGUGGUGGAUUGUUACGGGUUUUGUUUCAUAUCAUAUACAAUUUCAUAACACAAAUAAUUACCAUUAGACUGUAAUUGAAACUUUUUGACGAUAGAUAUAAUUGUGGCAAAGGUAUAAGUAUAUUCAUAAUGGUCUCACUGUAUUGGACACAUUAGUUACUCCAUUUAUGUGUAGUUUUCAAAAGAUACAAAUGCAUAAUUGUUUAUUUACAAAGUAUUUAUUUCUCUAUUAGAUACAUUAUUUUUGUAAUAUGAUUUAAGUAUGUACCUGUGUUAUUUUGGAUUGUUUUAGUAUUGUAUCUAUAUUUCGAUAUGAUUAUAGCAAUUUAGUUAGGUUACCUAUUCUUCAAUCAUUUUUCUUUGCAGAUCUGUUACAAACUAGGUACAUCAUGUAUAUAUUGUUUAGAUUAUGGUCUUUUUUUGAAUAAAUGGAUGAGUAACAUUA